AAAGACUCCUUCACCAUGAGCCCUGCCAUGGUGGACACUGUGUGUGGAACCACUGCCCUACUGCUUUUACUGCUCGGUCUUCUGCUUUUGCUCACCUGGAGAAGAGCUAGUGCAGCUUAUAUACCAGGUCCUCACUACUUGGCAGGUCUUGGCCCUAUUCUUUCCUAUGCUAGAUUCGCCUGGACUGGGAUAGGAACAGCGAGCAACUACUACAACAACAAAUAUGGAAGCACUGUCCGUGUCUGGAUUAGCGGCAAGGAAACACUUAUUCUCAGCAAGUCGUCUGCCAUCUACCAUGUCCUGAAGAGUGCUCACUACACAGCCAGGUUUGGGAGCAAACAAGGGCUGGAGUGCAUUGGGAUGGAGGGGAGGGGUGUAAUUUUCAACAGUGACGUCCCACUCUGGAAAAAAGGGAGAAUGUAUUUUAUGAAAGCGCUCACAGGUCCUGGUCUAAAAAGAACAGUGGGUGUUUGUGUGAGCGCCACAACCAAGCACCUGGACAGUCUGCAGGAGAUGACUGACCCGUCCGGCCAUGUGGACGUUCUCAACCUGCUGAGGUGUAUAGUGGUGGACAUCUCAAACCGGCUGUUCCUCAGGGUGCCUGUUAACGAGAAGGGUCUGCUCAUGAAGAUCCAAAACUACUUUCAGACCUGGCAAACAGUUCUGAUCAAGCCGGAUCUCUUCUUCAAAUGUGGAUGGCUGUGCAAUAAGCAUAAGAAAGCGGCACAGGAGUUACAGGACGCAAUGGAAAACCUCAUUGAGAAGAAAAGAAGGAUUAUCAGUCAGUCUGAGAAGCUUGAUGACGAUCUUGAUUUCACCACAGAGCUGCUCUUUGCUCAGCACCACGGUGAACUCACAGGCGACAAUGUCAGGCAGUGUGUGCUGGAGAUGGUGAUUGCCGCCCCUGACACGCUGUCCAUCAGUCUGUUUUUCAUGCUCAUGCUGCUGAAGCAGAACCCCGAAGUAGAGCUACAGAUCAUGGAGGAAAUGAACACCUACUUAGGUGAGAAAGACGCAGAAAAUAUUGACUAUCAAAACCUGAGAGUGCUGGAGUGCUUUAUCAACGAGUCGAUGAGGUUUCACCCCGUGGUUGACUUCACAAUGCGUAAAGCUCUGGAGGACGACGAGAUCAACGGACUCAACGUUAAAAAAGGGACCAACAUCAUCCUCAACGUUGGUCUCAUGCAUAAGACUGAAUUCUUUCCUAAACCCAACGAAUUCAGCCUGGAAAACUUUGACAAACUAGUGCCCAGUCGUUACUUCCAGCCGUUUGGUUCUGGACCUCGUUCCUGUGUGGGCAAGCACAUCGCCAUGGUCAUGAUGAAAGCCAUCUUAGUUACGAUGCUGUCUCGCUUCGUGGUGUGCCCUCGUCAUGGCUGCGUGCUUAGCGGCAUCCAGCAGACCAACAACCUGUCCCAGCAGCCGGCGGAGUAUGAGCACAGCCUUGCCAUGCGAUUCAUCCCCAGAGCACCGCCACCAGGCCAUCACACAGGGCCCACACACACACACACACACACACACACACACACAUUCAUACCUAGGGACAAUUUGGUACGGCCGAGUCACCUGACCUACAUGUCUUUGGACUGUGGAAGGAAACUGGAGCCCCCAGAGGAAACCCACACAGACACGGGGAGAACAUGCAAACUCCACACAGAGGACGACCCGUGACGACCCCCAAGGUUGGACUACCCCGGGGCUCGAACCCAGGACCUUCUUGCUGUGAGGCGAGCAGUAAUUAAAUCUAAAUAUUGAUUUGAUACUGCUUUGGUUUCAGUAGAUAUCGUUGUUAUUCAUCUUAAAUGCUAACCUCUUCCUUAGCUUUCCACAAAUAUUGCCACGUUGCCAGUUCCCUUCAACAGCAAUACCAAUCAGUAUGAAUUUACAUAUUUAAUUGCAUUUCAAUUAGUAUUGCUGUGGAAGAAAAAUGAGAUGCUAUAUGACUGUACACCAAAGACCUGGUCGGGCUUCAACUAACCAGAGAUCUACUUCGCUGAUUAAAAUAAUCUCUAAAACAUUACAUCCAAAUGAGCUUUGUUGUGACAAUAUUACUGCAAAAUCAGAAAUUGUUGGUUGAAUUACCCAAGGAACAGCUGCACACAUAGUGGCAUUCUUCAUCGUUUUGAAAAUUCAUUUUCCAAUGAUGUCAUAAAAUAGGAUCUCUUGCAUCCGGUGAUGUCAUAAACAAGUAAAUGUCUGUAAACGCACAUGGAACAGUAAUGGGACAAAGGAAAUACAUUUCACUGAUACCGUUAAUGAUACUCCGCUUUGAGACUAGAAGCAAUAGUUCAUAAAUAACUAUGUACUUCGCCUAGUAAAGCUCUUUCAUCCUUUAAAGUAUAUGAGCCAUUACAGAGUCCACUCACCAUUUUAAGACAUCUUUGUGUUUGUUAGUGUGACUUUAAAACACUGCACAGCCAGUAAAGAAUAAAACACACAUUACACAUGCCCCUGAGACUACUCCAUCCAAGGCUUGAUGAGCUUGUGAUUAUGUAAAGUAUAACCCGUCCAUCCACCCAUUGAAAAGGAAUAAAAACAUCAUUCCUGCAUAAAA